CUCCGAUUGGUGACUGUACAGCUAGCUCGUCAAGGAUCAAAUAGAAAUGACAAGGCCUUAACAACAAUUUGCUGAAAAGAUACGUAAAUGAUAAUCUACAAAUGCGGCUGUUUUCCUAAUAUACACAAGAUUUCCUCUUGCCAUGGCCUCCGAGCAAAGCUAUAACAAAAUUGUGUACAAAGUCCAUAAUCUUGUUGAAAAAGGAGACUUGAAGAAUCUUAGAAAGCUGUUAGGGGGCAAAACUUUGGAAGAAAGGCAAAUAAUUGUUAAUGAAAAAGUUAAGAACAAUACUGCCCUCUUCCAUGCUUGUUUUCAUGGUAGACUUGACAUUGUUCGUUACCUUCUUGAAAACUGUAAGCCAGACCUGGAAGCCACUGGCACACACAUUGUAGAGGAGGAUGAACAUUCUGAACAUAUUGUGCCACCAAUAUGGAGUGCUGCAAUUUCAAAUCAGUUAGAUAUAGCUAAAGCUCUGAUUGAAAAUGGAGCAAAUGUGCAUGGAUGUUCAGAUACCAAGUCGACAGCGGUACGAGCAGCUUGUUACAGUAAUAAUGUGGAUAUGGUCAAGUAUCUUGUUGAACAUGGGGCUGAUGUCAACAUUCCAAACAAAAAUGGUGCAACGUGUUUAAUGAAUGCAAUAGAAUGCAAAGAACUUUGUGAAUUCAUUAUCCAGUCUGGUGCAAAAGUAAAUGCACAAGAAAGUGGUAGAGAUGAAUUAACUGCAUUACAUUAUGCUGUAAAUUACCAAAAGCUUGAUACAAUAAAGGUUUUGCUGCAGCAUGGCGCAGAUGUGAAUUUGAAAACUAUUGAUGGGAUAUCAUCUGUGCUGUUGGCUGCUCUUCUUAAUCUGACAGACAUUACAUACUUUUUCAUCAAGAAUGAUGAUCUUCCUAUUCCCACUGGCGACAAAAUCAAUGCUAUAGAACUAUUAGGCGCCAAAGCUGUUGACUAUCAUGCAUUUGAUGAUGCUCAAGAAUCGUGGACUGAAGGCAUAAAGAUGAGAGAGCUCCAUGGGAUACCCAAGCAAUUACCAGACUGCAGGGAUAUGUACGAGAAUGCAAAGGAACCAGAAACUUUGGAAGAAUUGGCUAAUCUUCAAAUCACGUCAACGAACAUGUAUCUGCAAGCAGCUUUAGUAAAGCAAAGGAUACUUGGCCCCUUGAACCAGGAUUCACUUCUUGCUGCUAUCCAGUAUGGCUGGGAACUCCGCGGGUGUAGAAGGUUACAGAAAGCAUUGGAGAUUAUCUCCUCUUGUUACGAUGGGUACAUAACCAAGGGAUGGUAUUUACUGGACAACUGUCUUAUAGCCAUUUCCCAAGUGCUAAAUCUGACAGCUCUGAUCCUUAAGGACGAGAGAGAUUUAAAGACGGUUGAACACUUUACCAACAUGUCAAAUUUCCUCCAUAAGCUAGUAGAGCAUGUGUUCAAAGCUACGCCAUUGCUUAAAGAGAAAACCGCUCUCCGAGAUGACAGACGGAACUAUCAGCAGUUACUGCUGCUGCUAUUGGAUUGUGUAGCGUUGUUGAUUCACAUUGUACCAGAAGACUACAUCAUUGAAAGCGUCAUUUUUGAACUAAAAAGGAUUAUGAAAUUUGACCCACGUGGUCAACAGAGACAAACCUUACUCCAUAUGGCUGUAGACACAUCCGUAUCAAAGAGAUUGUAUAGUUCCGAAGGAUUAGAAGAAUUUAGAGACGAUACUGCUUUGGUUAGGACUCUGCUUGAAUGUGGAGCUCAGAUCAACGCUGUAGAUACAGACUACAACUCACCAUUGUACUGUCACAUCAAGGCCAUUGGGAAAUGUGGCGUUAUGCAUGAAAAGGACAUUUUAAACAUACUCCUAGAGCACGGUGCCCACGUGGACAUGACCAACAAAGCGGGUGAGACCCCGCUUUACGUUGCCAAACAGAAUUAUGUCACUCUGCAUGAAGUCAAGCAUACUAAACUCCAAUGCUUGGCAGCUAAUGUCAUCAACAAGUUUAACAUUCCUUACCGAUUUGAAAUACCAAUUAACCUAAUAAGGUUUGUGGAGAUGCAUGGAACACAGUCAAACAUAAGAUAACGUCCUGUAUUAUGAUAUAUGCAUUUCCAAAAUUCACUUUUUGUUCUAAAAAUGAUUUUUUAUAUUUAAAUCCUCUUUGCACCCUUGGUAUAUAGAAUGACAAAAAAUGGAAUGCUCAUCAGUAAUUGUUAGAUUUGUUCCUUUCUCUUCAAAUCACAAGGCUAAUAUUGAGGUACGUGUUUGAUGAAAAUUGAAACGUGGCUAAGCACAAAUUGAAGCUGAUUUAUUUCAUUUUCAGUGUUUUGAGAUUCAGUUGUUAGGUCAAAUACCAAAGGUAAAACAUAACCUGUCUUCUUUAUCGAGUUUCUAAUCUAGUUGGCCUGUAUCAUCUACAAGGUGAUUCAUACACCCUUCCAUGUUGUCAUAUUCAGAAGGUAACCCUUCCUACCAUGGAAGGAAAUCCCACCAUCUUUGUCCCUAAAUUGAGCUAUAAAUUGAGCUAUAAAUUAUUAGUAAAUUUUUCAUGGUUUACAAUUUUGCUGAAAAUCUAGUUUAUGAAUCAGAAUGAGCAGUUCGAAAUAUGCUCUUUUAAGAUGUUAGUUUGUCAGGUGGUGAUAUAUAUAUAUAUUUUCCCAUAUUUCUGAGGCUCUGAAUUUGACCCAAUCUCCCCCCUAGAAAUCUAAGAUGUUGGCCAGUAAGUAGUCUUCGGAUUUCAUAAAGAACAUAUGCAGAUAUAAACAUUCAUAGUUUCCUAGACUUGCUUUACAGGUUGAGCUCAUUGGAAUUUUAAUGUGUAAUUCCCAUUUGAUAAAGUGUGGCGUUGAUUGACUCGGUUCCAUGCCUACUCAGCUGGUGACCGUUCUGCUAUAUAUAUAUAUAUAUCGAGACCUGGUUGUACUUGACUCAAAGGAUGUCUUAGUCAAUUUAAAUGUAUUAUUGUGGUAUUUUCAUAUUUAGUACAAAAUUUUCCUUCUUUAAGAAUAAGAUUUUACAAAAAUUAAAGCUAGAUUGAACAUCCUUAAAUUCAUUCCCUACCUUUUAAUAUCUUAUGUAGGUUUUGGUACAAUCUUUGAGGCUUCAAACAGUAUGCUAUAGUCCAGUCAAUUUUCUCAAAUUAUGGCCCAAAGCCGGACAUGAUUGUAACAUACAAAAAUGUAUCUUAUUUCUUUGCUUUUGGAAUGGUGGGCUCUAUAUUAUAACAGGAAAAAAGUCUACCAAAAUCGACCUUUGGGAAAAGGUCUUUUAGACCUAGGAAAUUAAAACAGAAAGAGAGAAAAUCACGUUUAUAAGCGUAAUAUAUAGAGGUUACACAACAAGUGGUUGUUGUAUAUGGUAUUUCUUUCACUAGAGUUAGUUAUUUUUCAAAAGUUACAAAAACAGGUGCUUUAGCGAUUGUUUUUUGUAACUUUUAAAAAUAGCUAACGAGAGUGAAAGAAAUACCAUAUACACCAACUACGAGUUUGUGUGACCUGUUUCUACCACAAUAGAAAAGCUAUUCUGAGAAUGAAGUGACCUGUUUUGUGUAAACGUGUGUUCUUUUCCCAAUGUCAGGUAUGGUGUAAAGAUGUGACCUAGUUUGAAAUGCCGCUAAUUAAUAUGCAAAACUGACAAACUGAAACUAAUGUGUGUGCUUGGUUCACUCUCAGGAAAUGUAUGAAAAUAUUACAAUUUAUUGCAAAUCAUAACAAAACAAUAAGUAGGGUUAUUCUUUUAAGCAAUAAAUUGAUAAAAAUCUAUAUAUAUUUUCAAGGAUAUAACAAAUCAACUGCGAUCUACGUAUGCGUUAUCAUUUCCAAGACAUCGUGAAGCGGUAUUCAAGUGUUAGCCAAUCAAAUUGCAUUGAAUCAGGUGAUUAAAAAAAUAGUCCCGGUCUAAGGUCACCGUUUCAACCAAUCAAAACGCAUUUAGAGUUUAUUCCCCGUAUGGUAUAAACUGAAUGAUAUUCAGCAGUUGUAAUGAUUAGUUCAUGUCUUGGGAGUUGAAUAACACCCACCUAUUAUGGUAGAAAUACCUUUUGUGUAAUGAUGAAUAUGAAAAAGUAACAUUAUAUAUUAUUAAUAUUAUAUAUAUUUAUUAUAUUUUAUUUUUGAAAAUAUGGCAUUUGAUUUAAUUUUCGUACAGGUUGGUUUUGGUAGACUUUGGUAGCCUGGGUUAUAAAUUGACUGUACUACUAUGCUACUGAAGUUAUUUUAAUUGUUUUGUAUCUGAUUUGGAGGUUAUUUUUUAGAAUUACAUUAUAUAUCAACAAUAACUCGACUUUAUUACAUUUUUACCAGUGAAAUAUCAA